AUGGCGCAGUUGCCUGGUGCACAAGGAACACAAAGUGGCCCUCCUGCACAGACGGGCCAGGCUGCGCAAGAAGCAGCGGCCCAAGCAGCACAAGCCACGCAGGCAGCACAAGCCGCCCAAGCGGCCCAGGCAGCACAAGCCGCCCAAGCAGCACAAGCCGCUCAAGCCGCACAAGCCGCCCAAGCGGCACAAGCCGCUCAGGCAGCACAAGCCGCACAAGCAGCACAAGCCGCACAAGCCGCUCAGGCAGCACAAGCCGCUCAGGCAGCACAAGCCGCUCAGGCAGCGCAAGCCGCCCAAGCAGCACAAGCCGCCCAAGCAGCACAAGCCGCCCAGGCCACACAAGCUGCCCGGGCACCAGAAACCCACGCUGCUAACGCAGCUCAAUGCGCUGCACAGACUGCGCCGCAGCUUGCCAACUCUGAGGUUCGGGAGUGGCCUGCCUGGUUGAAAUUUGGAGUGCCGUGCAGUAUUUGCGGCGAUGCAGGCAAGUCAGAAGAAGAGCCACACGGUGUGGUUUGUGGAAGAAAACGCAAGAACGCCGUCGGUGGCUGCAAGAAAGGUGUGUGUUGGGUUUGCAUGGAAAAGCAGCCGCGGUCAUCCUUCGGAAUGGCAUGGGCCUCGACCCGUGAAGAAUUUGAGUCCCUCGAGGAGACUGCCUGGUGGAUGCACGAAAGGUGCAUGGAGCAAUCUGACCUCUGUGCAUAUUUUGGAGGGGAGAAGGAGCUUGCAGAAGCCAGAGCAGCUGCUGAUGCAGUGGACGUUCAAUCAUCUGCAGCAGAGGCAAUUGACCCUAUGGCUGAGAAAGAGCGCAUCAAAAAGAUGCCUGUCAAAGAGCUGAAGGCAUACCUUGACAGGCACAACACAUCUCACGCAGACCUCUUUGAGAAAGCAGAGUUACUUGCAAGAGCACUAGAGGUUGCUUCUCAAUGGCCGGCGUGGAUGAACACUGGUGACAAUUGCCGGCUUUGCGGGAAGCAGCAGCAGGAGAAAGGCGGCGUUUUCUGCAGGAGGCGGAGGUCAGAUGGCCGCACAGCCGGCUGCAACGAAGGAGUUUGCUGGCGAUGCAUGAAGCGUGCUCCAAAGGAUUCUUUCGGCAAAGUUCGAUGCACAAAAGAAGAGUUUGCAGAUCUCGGAGAGGAUGCUUGGUGGAUGCAUCAACAUUGCUUCGAAGACGGCGACUGGAAGGAUUACUUUGGUGAGUCCGAGCCAGAAGAUGAAAAGUGGCAUCGCACUGGAGAAGCAACGUCUUUUUAA